UUGUACGUUGCUUAGCAACAAAUGUCUCUAUGGCAUCUGUUCAUUAAAUAUUUAAAGUUUCACGAGGAAAACAAUGUAACUAUGGAUUUGAACGAUAACUAACAAGCUAAAUGGCUUAACAAACAUUUCGUUGAUAAUUCCAACAGCUUGUUUUUACGGAAUAGUGCUUUAUACAUACAUUUAAAGUGUAAUGACGUGUUGUCAAUUACGUCCAAGAAUGUUUUUAUUUUGAAGUUUAUACAUUGUAUGUUUCGUUAAAAGCUACUAGAUCAAAUAACUGGAUUAGGGGAAGUAUCUUAUUUCCAUGUUAAAAAUGGCUUUACAAGCUCCAUUUGGGACGGACGAACAGCCAAGUGUAAAUGUUAAAAUCGUCGGAGGGAAAGCUCUUGAAGUGAAGGGGCCAAAUGGAGGACAUUAUGACAACUUGUCAAAGACACCUUAUAAAUACUCCAGCAGACCUCCAUGGUUUUUGGACGACUUUCCCGGCGAAACUAAAAAGUCGAACAAGCCUUAUUUAGCAUCAAUUUCGAGUUUAUCAUCGAAUAGAUCGCAUAAAAAAGAAGCUGGGUCAAAAACAGACCAAAUUGUUGAAGAGAAGUCAGUAAAGAAAAGAAUUAUACAAGACGACCCAUCAGAAACGGAGGCUGUUGAUUUUAUGCUAUCACGCUUGUUAUCUCAGUUCCCUGCGUCAAAAUUUAAAGAAAUCUACACUGAAAUGGCUGGCUUUGAUCCUCGAUUGACAAGUUAUAUAACUGAGCAUCAAGUUGAUAUGACAUUGAAGAGACAUAAAGUACCAAUCCCUUCAAAUUUACUGAAACAACUUUCAGACAAGUUUGCAGCCGAGUCUAACACAAAUAUGAUAAACUAUGAAAAUCUCAUCAAAUACUUGUUUUCAUACAGCCUUAAAGGGAGCUCACUCAAGACUGUGCAACAUAAUUCAACACUUGGUAGUGACAGUGGUGCUGUCAGUCCACGUGUCAAUCCACAUGUCAGUCCACAUGUCAGUCCACGUUCUGUCCUCGAUAGUGACACAACAAGUCCUAGAUCAGAGCAGUCCUCAUAUGUCUCACCUCGAAGUCUAGUGAAGAAAGCAAUGGAUGAUAGAGAGGAGGCAUAUUUAUUGGUUCAAAUUGAGCAAGCAUUUAAGACGAAUGGACCACAAAUUUUGCUAACUUUAAAAAAGCUCCAUAGUGAUCUUGUACAGCUUGCCAAUGGCACAGAAUAUGUCAAAGCUGAUCAGAUUGAGAGGACAUGUUCCUGGCUGCAUAUUCCUCUGCAUCAUUCACUGAUGGGAAAAAUUAUCAACAGAUUUAAUGUGAAAAAGAAUGGUAAAAUAAACUAUUUAGAAUUUACAAAAUUCUUGGAAAAGGGUAUUCCAUUGUCUCUUCAACAAAACUCUUUUGAUGAUUCUAAUAAAAUGAGUGCAACGUCAUCAUUGCCUUUUUGGGAAAAUAAAGCUCCACUUGCUUCUGUGUCACCGAGAAAACACGCAGAAAAGACAUCUGAAUUUGUUGAGGCCAAAGAAGAAUUUCGUGACAAUGAUGUCAUGAAGCACGAGAGAAAGAAGUGGGAAGUUCCUGUUGGUACAUUGAAUGCUGAUGUCAAACCAUCACACAAUUCAGAAAAAUCUUAUGACAUGCUGAAAGUUGGUCGUGGAAAAGGUUCUGACAGCGCUGGUACGGUACAUGUGAUGCAUUUAAACCAUCCAGACGCUGGUGAGAAACCUGACUCGAUGGACAGCGAUAAAGCUGCUGAAACACUAGAUGAAAAGUUAGAGAGAUUUUCUCACCUGACCGCCUCAUUGUUGAGAUCUGAUAUUGACAAAGAUGGUACCUUAAAAGCACGAGAUGUUCUUCGUAUUGUGAAUAACUAUAAUUUAAUAUACAACUUGCACUUUCCAGAAGACAAAGUGCUUGAAAUCGCCCAAAGUUGUACUAUUCCAAAUACUCACGAUGUUGUUAUUGAUGAACUAGUCAAAACUUUAUGGGAGUUGAUGAAAACUGUGUAAAUAUUCAUUGACAUGUAUAUUAUUUAUUGUAUGUAUAGUUUCAGACCUUGUACACACACAAAGAGUAUACAGAUGUGCGCAAUAGUGUACCACGCCAUGUAAGUACUGUAAAAUAGUUGAAAUAUUUAACCCAAAUCUUAUAUUUAAACAAAAUAUAAAGUCAAAGACAUUUUGAUGUAUUUAAAAUGUGUUUCAUAACAACAUGCAGGACAAACGGCAAAAAUAUAUAUACAAAGAGAAUUUCCCGCCUUUUCAUUUUGAAGGAGAGACAGGCUGAGAAUUGAAUCAAUUGAUUUCUCGCAAUAUUAAAGUCUAGUCCAUAGUCCUCAACCAAGGGCCUUAACAGCAAAAAAAUAGUUUGUAGAAAUUUAGGUCUUGCAUGCAACAUAUAAUUCACGAGGACUCCUAGGAAGCUCCCAUUACAAUUGUGUAUAUUUUACUGAAUAUGUAGGUAUAAAAGUAGACUGAAUGGAGACCGUUCUCAGAUAAAUAUGCUUUUAUUGCAUGUGUGAUGCAGUGAACAAAGCAUAUUAUAACAUAGACGUAGUAUUAUGAUAUCAGGAA